GCCCUUGUGCCCUCACCAUGGCAACUGGCCGUUGCUAGGGAAAGCCUCACUAGUACUUCCGGUCGGUUGAGAAGUGGAUCAGGAAUGCUUUGGGGCCUGAAGAUAACCUGAGAAGAAGCGUUGUUCUUCAGAUCUUCUAAAAGAGUGCGCCUGCCAUUGUUAUCUUAUGAAAUGAAGCCAUUACCUGUGGAUCCCAGAAUAUUGUCACUGGCUGCCCAGGUCACUGAAAGCUCUGGUCAGGAUGUCCCUGGGUUACUGCUGAAAUUAAAAGAUAUUUUAACAAGUGCUCUCCCUGGAAGUAAUGAAUUACAAAAAAUUAAGCAAGACUUAUACUAUUAUGAUCUGGUUCAAUACUGCCUUUUUGUCCUUAAGCAAGAUUAUACAGGAGUGUUGGGAGGUUGGACUACUGCUGCCCAGUUAGCAGAGAUACUAAGCAUAUGUUGUGUGGGUCUUGAGGUGAAAGAAGAACCUGAGGAAUUUUUCAAUAAGCUGCUUCCUUCUGCUGUAGACAAUCUCCUCUUCCUAGGAAGGCGCCUGGAAGCACUAUUUAGCCCUGCAGUCAAGGAUGAAGAACGGAGUGAAUUUUCACAUAAUUUCAAGACUGUAACUGAUGCCCUCUGCAGGCUGUGUGAAGGGCAUGUUCAACUGACAGUAAAAGUGCUUCAGAAUGAACAAUUUCAGCAACUGUUGAAAACUGAUGACAUCGAAAUCUCAACUGUAACUAUGUCUAUUUUGGAGAAGAUUUUAAAAAUCAACACUACUGUGUUACUUGAACUACCAGAAAAGUCCCUGCACUGCAUUUUAGAUGAACUUGUUUACAAGCUUUCUUCUUCCACAAAUCCUGUUAUAGGAAGCACAGCUAUAAAACUGUUACUCUUGAUCACAAAAUCUGAUACCCAACUUUUGAUGACAUUAGUUCUCCGCUACAAAGGGCUACAAACUCUUCUUAGCAAGCAAUGGACUGGCAAAGGAUUUGACAGGAACCUCAAUCAACUUAUGGACUUGCUGUAUUCUGAAAACUACAAAGUUGGCAAAACACAGAGACUACAACAAGCAGCAUGCUUAAUCCAGGCAGCGUGGAGAGGAUAUCAGACCCGGAAAAGAUUAAAGCAACUUCCAAAAGCAGUAACUACUUUGCAGAGGAAUUUUAGAGCUAAACGAGAACGGGAGCUGCAAAUUUUAAGAAAACAGAAAGAAGAAGAGGACCUCCACCAACAACUACAUCUUCAAAGACAGAGAGCCAUGAGGAUGUUUCAUGAGCGGCAGCUUACGAUGUUGGAAAUAGUCCAUGCAGGUCAGGUAGAUAAGCAUAUGCUAGAAAUAAAGGAGAAAUCAGCCUUAACAAUCCAAAGAUAUUGGAGAGCAUUUAAGACAAGAAGAAAUUUUCAGUUGCAAAAAAAAUCUCUUCAACAAUAUAAGGCAGCUGUCAUCCUUCAGAGAGCAGUGCUUAGGUUUUUGGAAAAGCAAAGGAAAAGAAGGGCCUAUUCUUUCUGGAAACAGUCCAGGUCCCUCUCUGACGAAGAGAGGUUAUCCCUGCAGCAAAAAGUGGAUGACCACAUCCGACUGCAUCCGUUAUGCCAUUUGAACUUGGUAAUUCUGGCCUAUCUCUCACUACAGAAGCGGGCUUCUGAGAUGUCAGAAGAAAUGAGCAGGGAACUUCAUCAUCAAGCCCAGGAAAACCUGGCGAAGUAUUUGCUGAGACGAAGCCAAGACCACAAGGCAGAACAGCACCGAGAGGCUUUGCUAGCCCAGGUCCAUACAGAUGUGGAUCAACUUAUGUGUGCAGCCAGUCUCACAGAAUCUACUGUAAAAGAUCUGAAUGAUUUUGUGAGUAGAUCUGUUCCUGUGAUAGCUAAAGCCAAACAGUCACACAUCACCAUGUUAAAAUACACGCAGUCACCUUGGUGGAAGAAGAUUGGGGAAGAAUUUUCUGAUGAAGAUGUCAUCUCAGAAGAUCUACUGAGUUCUGAAUUGGGAGCCUUGUUCAUUGGAGGAAGUAAAACGUAAUUGGGAGAGAAGAAAAGAAAUCGUAGCUAAUACCAAUGUGAUGGUGCAUUACGUCAUCUUCAGAUAACCUUAUUCCAAGAAAUUAUAGGAGGCAGUUCCUACAACACUGUAGGAUGAAAUACUUAAUUUUUCAAAGAGUUCCAUUUUUGUAAAAUGGAUUUGUACUUGGCCAAAUACAAAUUAUAUAGCUGCUAGGUUUUUGAACUAGAUCUCUACAUUAUAGAUGCAGAGGUUUGCAAAAGAAUCUAUUUUUCAGUUGAAAUAACCAGAAAAUGUUAAAAACCUGUGUAAUUCUAUUUGUUAAAGUAGGAUUCUCAGUGUGAUCUUAUGUAGAUAGAUGCUGAAUAUUAAGCACAGACAAGGAAAUAGAUAUAGGACAGCAACAAUGGGGGACAAUAUAACUUGCUUUAGCAACACAUACACUAAAAUUGGAACAAUAGAGAGAAGAUUAGCAUGGCCCCUGUGCAAAGAUGACACAGAUUCGUGAAGCAUUUCAUGUUUUUUAUUUUUUGUUCUGUGUUCUUUUGGUUGCUAUUAUUACUAUGUACAUUGUAUUUUUGUUGUUGUUGUUGUAAGCAGCCCCGUGUCCCUUUUGGGAGAGGGGGUGGGAUACAAAUAAAGUAUUAUUAUUAUUAUUA